AGUUUUAUGAACUGAUGAUGAUCUGUUUGUUUUUCCCAGGGGUCUGAGGAAACCGAAGUGCUUCUACUGGUGAUUGGAUUUGACCCAACAUCACUACAACUAAACCACCCACCACCCUGGACUCGCACUACUACUAAACCGCUCCAAAAGAGAGGGAACACCAGAUUGGAAAAAUAGGAAGGUGGAGCGCUAAAGAGGAUGAGCGUGGGUCGGAUCGGUCGCUACAGUAUCGUGUCGACGGAGGAGGAUGCUCUGCGUUUAACCACCAUGCAUGGCGGAGGGAUGAAUGGAUAUGGCAACGGCAAAAUCCACACCCGACGGAAAAGUCGCAACCGCUUCGUGAAGAAAAAUGGACAGUGCAAUGUGCAGUUCACCAACAUGGAUGAGAAGUCCCAGCGCUACCUGGCGGACAUAUUCACCACUUGCGUGGACAUCCGCUGGCGCUACCUAGUGAUCGUUUUCACGCUAGUCUUCGUGAUUUCCUGGUUGGCGUUCGGCUUGGCGUUUUGGGUUCUCGCGCUUCUCCACGGUGACUUGGACAACCCGGCGGGCGACGACAACUUCACGCCGUGCGUUCUGCAGGUGAACGGAUUCAUCGCGGCGUUCCUGUUCUCGAUCGAGACGCAAACGACCAUCGGUUACGGGUUCCGCUGCGUGACGGAAGAAUGUCCUCUCGCGGUGUUUCUCGUGGUCUUCCAGUCCAUCGUGGGCAGCAUCAUCGACUGCUUCAUGAUCGGAGCAAUCAUGGCCAAAAUGGCACGUCCUAAGAAGCGAGCGCAGACUCUGUUGUUCUCGCAAAACGCCAUCAUCGCCAUGCGCGACGGGAAACUGUGCUUGAUGUGGCGGGUGGGGAACUUGCGAAAGAGUCACAUCGUCGAGGCGCACGUCCGAGCGCAGCUCAUCAAACCGCGGGUCACGGUCGAAGGCGAGUACAUCCCACUCGACCAGCUGGACAUCAAUGUCGGUUUCGACAAAGGGCUGGACCGCAUCUUCCUAGUCUCGCCAAUCACAAUCCUGCACCAAAUCGACCAGGAGAGUCCUCUGUUCGGCGUCGCUAAGCAGGACCUCGAAACGGCGGAUUUUGAGAUCGUGGUCAUCUUGGAGGGAAUGGUGGAGGCGACGGCCAUGACGGCACAGGCGAGAAGCUCCUACUUGGCUAGCGAGAUCCUCUGGGGGCAUCGAUUCGAGCCGGUGCUGUUUGAGGAAAAGAACCAAUACAAGGUCGAUUACUCACACUUCCACAAGACCUACGAGGUGCCGUCCACCCCUCGCUGCAGUGCCAAGGACAUGAUGGAAAACAAGUACCUGGUGGUGCCCAGCGCCAACUCCUUCUGCUACGAGAACGAGCUGGCGAUCCUGAGCCACGAAGAGGAGGACGACGACAGUCCGGAAAGGAUAAAGCCAGAGCGAGCGAGGAGCCUCAGCCCGGAGAGAACGCCUCGACAUGAUUUCGAGCGACUGCAGAACCCUCGCUGCGCGGAGCAAAGGUCAUACCGAAGGGAGUCAGAGAUAUGAACCUUUACCAUGACCUUUUUGAUACUCGAAUUUCGUGUUUCGUUCCUGGAGACACUGGAGCUUCUAAAAUGCAGAACAAUGCAAAGUGCCAUACGGAGAGAGUGAGCGAGUGAAUGAAUGAGCAAUGAACAAACGGGUGAAUGUGUGAAAGCUGGAGCGACGUGUAGCGGAGGGGAGAUGCCGAUUCGAAGAGAGAGAGAGAGGCAGUAGGAAUCUUUUUAUCCUGCACGGAAAACUUGAAUCUUUUCCUCGUUUUGUUUCAUGAUACUAGUUUAGCUGUUAAACUCUUGAUUCUUAAAGGGAUAGUUCACUG